AUGCCAGCAUCCGACUCGGCCGAGUGGGAACUCCCCCGCUUGAGGACAUCCUUCAUCUUCCAGGACGACUACAAGUAUCUAGGCGACGACGGGUCUGUGAGCCAAGAUCUGGCCGAAUUUUUCGAUGUCAAGUUUUAUCCGUAUAGUCCGCCCGGCGCGCCGCCCGUAUUUGCGGCUACGAGCAAGAAGCACGCGGUCAUCUGCCGGCUGACGCAGACCACGGACAAGGAUGCAAAUCCGUGUGAGAUUAUCCAGCUCAUUCGGGAUGAUGGGAAUGAAGCCAACUGUGCUAGCUGCUGGUCCAAAGACCCCAUCACUGACCAGCCUUUACUCUGCAUCGCCGGCAAUGAAGGGAACGUGAAGGUGUACAAUGUGACAGAGGGCAAGCUCUACAGGACACUCGUGGGUCACGGAGGAGGUAUAAAUGACCUCGCCACAUCUCCAGCCAAUCCAUACAUCAUCGCCUCAGCAUCCGACGACACGACUAUCAGGAUAUGGAGUCUUGCUCCGGAACACGAGAAGCAGCCGUGUGUAUGCAUUCUCGGCGGCGAGGGGCAUUCGUAUGACUUGUUAAGUGUGGCUUUCCAUGACAACGGGCGCUAUGUCCUGUCCGCUGGUCACGACCAAGUCAUCAACUUGUGGGCUCUCCCUGAGUUCCCCAACGAACACAUGGAGAUCCCCAUCGUCAUCUACUACCCUCACUUCUCCUCCUCCGAAAUCCACAACAACCUUGUCGACUGCGUAGCCUUCUACGGCGACCUAAUCCUCUCCCGCGCCUGCCACGAAGACACCAUCGUGCUCUGGCGCAUCGAAGGCUUUUCCUCCGAUGACCCCAUCCCGGGUCCCCUGGACGCCCCAACCCCCACCGACAUGACCAAGCAAACCCGCUCCUACUUUACUCCAACCGUCUCCCCGCAGUCCCGCCCUGCAAUGUUCACCCGUCUCGCCCAGUUCCACACGCCCGACUGCGGCGUACAGUUUUUUAUGAGGUUUCGGAUGUACCAUGUGCCCGGGAAGCAUCCUAUUCUGGCGUUUGCCAAUGCGAAGAGCAAGACGUUUUUCUGGGAUUUGGCGAGGUUUGGGGAGUAUGCGAGGUUCAUGGCUGAUCUCAAGGAGGCGCAGCAAAGCUAUAAUGGGAGGGUUGUCGUCGUGGAUCAGGGGCAAGGGAUCAGUCUUGCCCAGGCGCAGCAGGUGCAUGGGCCAGGCGUGGGUGUGGUCAUGAAGCCGGCUUGGUUGGUGCCCAAGAGGGUUAAGAAAGCUCCUGGUGCUGCUGGCUCUGGUUCCGGCACGGCUGCUAAUGGCGGCCAUAACAACAACAACAACAACAACAACAACAACAACAACAACAACCACGAAACUGGGAGUCAGCGCUCAUUUUCUGCGACCAAUAACCUCUCCAAUAGCGGGAGGGAUAAAGAAUCUGCUUCCAUGGUCUCUGCCAGUCCGGACCCGGACUCGCCGUUUGGGUUCUCCAGGGAGACGUUGCAGGCUUGGGCGGAUAUGUAUGAUUUGUCCAAUCCGGUUGGGUUGAUCAAGGCGCACAGAUCGCUGGCUAUCGAUGGGGCGUUUGUUGGGAGGCAGGUUGGCUGGAGUCCGGAGGGAGAGUGGUGUGUAGUGGUUGGGAAUGGCAAUCGGGCGUUGAUUUAUCAGCGGUGGGGGAAGGAGAGGGGUUUGGGGAGUGGCACGCCGGGAGCUUGA